AUGGUUUCUGCAUCAUUGGUUUAGGACUUGGGGAUCAUUUAGAUACACUUAUUAUUUCUCUAAUAGCAUAACGUAAUAGAUAUUACUUGUAUUACUGUCAAAGGACUUGAGGUAUACAAUAAUUUUAAAUUAGGCUGUAAAAACCUGCAAGGAAAUUUAUUUAGAAAGUUACAUAUCUAUUCUUGGAAUUGAUAGAUUAAAACUUCAAGAGUUUUAUGGAAGAGAAGUAAUCGAAGCUGAUAGAGAAUGUUGAGAAACUGGAAUUGAUAGAACACUUGUAAAUGUUUCUGCAGAUCCUUAAACAACUAUGCAUUUUUAGUAGUUAGAGUUCCCUUUUGUGCUACUAUUAUUGACCCCUAAAUGAUAGAAUUAAAAUCAAAGGUUGAUUUAUGUAAAUUUAAUUGAUUUCUCUCAUCAUUUUAGAGAAUUCACAAAACUCAUCUGAAUCAAAUGU